UUAUCAAAUAUCAACAUUCGUAAAUCGUGAUUUUCGUCUUGUAUUAAUAUUAAUUAAUUAUAAGUUUAGAUUCCACUUUGGAUCCAAACUUUAACGAGUCGGAUACCACUUGAAUUUUCAAACCGUAACCAAGUGACGGCAAUCAACUUUUACAACACAACCACAAUAAUGUUGUCAAAACAGUUAUGGAGAUCGUUUGCUGCUAGGAACAAAAUUGUUAAUGGUUUAUUAAAGCACAAUGAAAAUAAAACGCAGUCAUCGCUAAUAGUCACUCGAAACAUGUCCAAUAAAUAUGACAAUAUUGAUGCAGAGUUAAAUAAACCUGUGAAAUACACAACAAGUCCUGCUAACGACUGGAAGGCACAACAUUCUCGAAUUGGAAGCAAGGCCGAAUUUGGUCCAUGGUAUGAACCUCAUAUCGUCAGCGCAAGCUUAAUUUUAUUUAUGGUAUAUUUCUUCAUACUGCGUGAAGAAAAUGAUCUUGAUUUAAUGCUGGAUAAACCGUUGUCAGAAACAUUAAAAAAAGACUAAAUAUUUUGUUAUUUUAGAAUUUUAUUAGGUACCUAUGAAUACAUUUUAAUUAGCCUAAUAAAUCAUAUUAUGUACAUUUGUUUUGAUUUUCAGUAGUACAUUUAUAAAUUUGAGUAUAUCAAAGGUUUAUACAAAAUACAAAUGAUGUAAUUAUUAUAAAAAAAAACUAACAUGUGUAUGUAUAUUUUUUGAAUUUUUAAGCUUAAUAAAAUAUUAAUUGAUGGAUCAAUCUGAAAUAAAAUGUAUUGUAAACACCA